AUGUGGAGGAAGCUUUUGAAGUAUCGAGAGAUUGCAAAAAUUCUCGAGAGAGUUGAAGUUAAAAAUGGAGAAACAACUUCUUUUUGGUAUGACUCUUGGUCGUCAAAGGGAAGAUUAUGGGAUAUAUGUGGAGAUAGGGGAUUUAUUGAUAUGGGGAUAUCAGCAAAUGCUACUGUACAUGAAGCAAUUCAUGGACACAGACGAAGGAGACACAGGGUUUUGUUGCUGAACAGAAUAGAAGAGAUGAUUGCUAUGCAGAAGGUAAAGAUAGAGCAAGAGGAGGACAUAGCUAUAUGGAAAUAUCAGGAAGAUAAAUACAAGGCGAAGUUCUCCACAAAAAGUACUUGGAUGAUACUAAGAGAAGCUCAUAUUAAGUGUGGUUGGGAUAAGGCAGUAUGGUUUAGCUAUGCAACGCCGAAGUAUGCUUUUAUACACUGGGUGGCUAUGCAUGAUACGCUAUCUACAGGGAGUAGAAUGCUUCAGUGGAAUGGAAGUAUAAACUCAGAGUGUGUGUUCUAUCGAGAACCGGUUGAGACGAGAGAGCAUCUAUUUUUUGAAUGCCAAUUUUCGACAGACAUAUGGAAGGCUCUCACAAAAGGUUUCUUGAGGGAGCAGUAUACAACGAAAUGGUCUGAGAUAUUGCAACUCAUCUUAGCCAGCUCACAGCAAAGGGUACCAAAGUUUACUCUUCAAUAUGUGUUCCAAGCAGCUUUAUAUACCAUAUGGCGUGAGAGGAAUGCAAGGCGCCAUGGAGAUAAACCUUCUUCAGCAAACAGACUUAUUCAUUUACUGGAUAAGAACAUUCGAAACAGAUUCACUACAAUUCAGAGAAUGGGAGAUGACAAGUAUGAAGUAGGAAUGAGAUUUUUGUUUGCCACAAGAAGUAUAGCAUAG